AUGGAGGCCACGAAUUUAGCUCUUCCACCCCGGGAGUCCUUGAAAUCCCGUUCGGAGAAUAAGGCGUUACAGUUGAAUAGUAAACCGAAUCAAGUCGGCACGGUACUUCUCUACGGCGUGCCAAUAGUUUCUCUCGUUAUUGAGGGCGUGGAACGGCUUUGCCUCGCUCAGAUCUCCAACACGCUCCUCAAGCAGUUCUCUUACAACGAGAUACACAAUAGGAGGGUUGCCCUCGGUAUAACAUGUGUCCAGUGCACGCCCGUCCAACUGGAGAUAUUGCGACGCGCCGGCGCCAUGCCUGUGUCGUCACGUCGAUGUGGCAUGAUCACAAGGCGGGAGGCUGAGCGUCUGUGCAAGUCGUUCCUCGGAGACAACGCACCACCGCGACUGCCUGACGACUUUGCUUUUGCAGUUCAUCACGAGUGCGCUUGGGGAUGUAGAGGUGCCUUCCUUCCAGCCAGGUACAACUCAUCCCGAGCUAAGUGCAUCAAAUGCGCCUAUUGUGGCCUUUUCUUCUCCCCCAACAAGUUCAUAUUUCACUCACAUCGUGUUGGCCCUGGGGACAAAUACGUCCAACCUGACGCGGCCAACUUUAACUCCUGGAGGCGACACAUGAAGCUCAGUGGGAGCCCGCCCGAUGAGGUAGUCCAUGCGUGGGAAGACGUUAAGGCAAUGUUCAACGGUGGAACGAGGAAGCGAAUGCUUUCUGCUGCUAGAAGGGUCCCAUUUCGCAGGCCAGAACCCGAAACGGAACCGAAGCGGUCAGCAGGAAGUCCGCCCAGCGCUCACACGCCAGUCCCGAGGCUGGCGGAUUACGUGUGGGGGGCGAGACUCCCAUUACCUUACAUACCUUGGCUUAAACCCACAUUAUGGACACCAGGUAAUCAUAAUGGAUGGACUUUUGGUUGA